AUGGACAUCGCCAUCCAGCACCCCUGGUUCAAACGUGCGCUGGGCCCCUUCUAUCCCAGCCGGCUGUUCGACCAGUUUUUCGGCGAGGGUCUCUUCGAGUACGACCUGCUGCCCUUCCUGUCCUCCACCAUCAGCCCCUACUACCGCCAGCCCGUCUUCCGCAGCGUGCUGGACUCCGGCAUCUCCGAGGUCCGAUCUGACCGAGACAAGUUUGUCAUCUUCCUGGAUGUGAAGCACUUCUCUCCCGAGGACCUCACCGUGAAGGUGCUGGAGGACUUCGUGGAGAUCCACGGCAAGCACAACGAGAGGCAGGACGACCACGGCUACAUUUCCCGUGAGUUCCACCGCCGCUACCGCCUGCCUUCCAAUGUGGACCAGUCGGCGCUCUCCUGCUCCCUGUCUGCGGAUGGCAUGCUGACCUUCUCCGGCCCCAAGGUCCCAUCUGGCGUGGACGCUGGCCACAGCGAGAGAGCCAUCCCCGUGUCUCGGGAGGAGAAGCCCAGCUCUGCGCCCUCGUCCUAAGCUCGGCCUCGGCCUCGGCUGCCACCCACUGCUGCCCCCACGGCCCAUCCAUCGCGGGGACCCGUAGAAAGUGGGGUGUUGUCUCCCUUUUGCUUUCCCUGUUUUCAUUUCCUUUUCCUCCUCUCUGAGGGAACGAGGGUUUGAGAGGGUGGCCUGGAGGGCUUGGGGCCUCGGCCUGAGGUGCUGCGGCCUCAGGGUGACCCAGACCCCUGCACCGGCCAGCUGGGGGAAGCCUGAGACAACAGCCCCGGGCUCCCAGAGGAUGCAGCCUCCGGGUCACCUCUGGGGUCUCCAGGGCCGGCCAGGUGCACCUUGACCCUUGCAUCCGCAUCAGGACCCAGCCGCGUGUCCUGCCCAGAUCUCCUGGGCGCCCUGAGGUCCGUCUGGCGGAGGCUCCUGUGUGCCUGGGCUCUUGGCAGCCUGUCCUCCCAGACCGCCUUCCCUCCACCCUUCCCCUCUGUAGUACCGCUGCUCCUGGGGCACCCGGUCACCCCCGACAAUGCAGCCCGCGGCAGUCAAUAAAGAGCAGGUGACGCAAGCAA